GUUCGGUGAUAAAACUGCCAAUCUGAGCGCUAAUCGGACCAGGACUAAAUGUUUUUUUUUUUUCUAUUUUGGUCUGGACCAAAUGAACCAAACGAACCGAACUACAAGUGGUGUGAACGCACCCUCAGUAAAGUUUAGACGCAAAACUCCUCAAUAAUCGAGUAUAAAUCUCGACGUGCUACUUUUUCUUAACCCUGUGAUUAACAACUGCAAAAGACCACAAAAGGUAUCCGACCCAUUUGAAUUCUGCACAGAAUGCUGUGUUAAAGUGAUAUAGAGGGCAUUAGGAGGAGAAACGGUUAGACUUUAGAAGGAAAUGGAGGUUUUACCGAGUUUAACAGCCCUGGCCAAGCUGUGGUAUGAACGAAACGCUAUUGGCUAUUUUAAAAAUGGGCGGGGCUGUUCGAUAUGUCCCGCCCUGUCUUCCUGUUUCAGGUAAAACGGCGUCAACACAGUGAAUAAUGCUGCAUUCCAACACACUUCAGUGGGCCUUUAAUGCUGCUGUGAGGGUGUUUCUAAUACAGCGGCUGUGGGAGUGACGGUAAAGAAAAUAUAUCUUUUUCUCUUCUGGCUGCCGUUAUCAAUUGCUUUCUAUUUUUCCCUCGUUUUGAAAGUUGUGAAAACGGUAUUAUAGAGUUUUUCGUUUGCUAUUUGCACAAAUGGAAACACAAAAAAUAUAUAUUUAAUGAAGUCUCUCAUUCACCACUAUAAAAGUUUACCCAACUAAUGAUGUUAAAGUGUUUGCACACUCAGCAGGGAUGAAUUAGAAACUGUUCCAUAUUCAUGACUGUGGGCGGAGCUAUGACAUCACUGCAGCUGAGAGUAAGAAUUCAGUGAAGGUGAAACUAAAUAAAACAGAUGAACUGGAAGCUUCUUCCCACAACUUCAUUCAGUCACAUGGAAACUAGUGAUCACAGCUGAUAUUCACUCAAAGUCAUGGCGUCCUCCAGUGAUCCUCCAGUGUUCUGUGACAUCUGUGAUGAAGGAAAGCAGAAAGCUGUGAAGUCCUGCCUGACUUGUGGAAUCUCUUACUGUGAUGAUCAUCUGGAGCCUCAUCUCAGAGUCCUAGGUCUAAUGAAACACACACUGAUCAAUGCUGUGGAAAAUCUGGAGGAUUAUAUAUGCCAGAAACACAAGCAACUUCUGGAGAUGUUCUGCACGUCUGAUCAGACGUGUGUUUGUCUGUUCUGCACUGAAGGAGAUCACAGGACUCACAACACUGUUCCUAUAGAGAAGGAGAGUCAAGAGAUGAAGAAUUAUCUGGUUCAGAGACAGACUGACGUUUAUCAGAUGAUCCAGGACAGAAUGAAGAAGAUUCAAGAAAUCAAACACUCAGUAGAUCUGAGAAAGAGAAACACAGAGAAAGAGAAAUCCUCCAGUGUUGAUCUCUUCACUGAUCUGAUCCGCUCCUUUAAGCGAUGUCAGUCUGAGCUGCUGAAGAUGAUGGAGGAACAGCAGAAAGAAGCAGAGAAACAGGCUGAAGAUCUCAUUAAAGAGCUGCAGCAGGAACUCACUGAGCUGAAGAAGAGAAACACUGAGCUGGAGCAGAUCUCACACACUGAUGAUCAUCUCCACCUCAUACAGAAGUUCUCAUCCCUGUCCAGUCGUCCACACACAAAGAACUGGACUGAGAUCAGGAUUGACUCUGAUGUGGAUGUGAACUCUCUGAAAAGAGCUCUGACUGAACUGAAGAAAAUUCAAGAGACACUAAAUGAAAAACUCAGUCAAACUGAGUUGAAGUUUGUGCAGAAGUUUGCAGUGGAUGUGACUCUGGAUCCUGAUACAGCUUAUCCAUAUCUCUUCCUGUCUGAUGAUGGAAAACAAGUCAGUGAUGGAGACAUUAAGAGGAACGUCCCAGAAAACCCAAAGAGAUUUGAUAUGUAUGCAAUUGUUCUGGCAAAGCAGGGAUUCAGUUCAGGGAGAUUUUACUAUGAGGUGCAGGUGAAGGGAAAGACUUGGUGGUAUUUAGGAGUGGUCAGAGAAUCCAUUAACAGGAAGGGGAUGAUCACACUGACUCCUGAGAAUGGAGUCUGGACUGUGAUUCUGAAGAAUGAGAAUCAAUAUUCAGCUCGUGAUAAUACAGAUGUCUCUUUAUCUCUGAGAGUGAAACCUGAGAAGGUGGGAGUGUUUGUGGAUUAUGAGGAGGGUCUGGUCUCUUUUUAUGACGUGGACUCCAGAUCUCAUAUCUACUCUUUCACUGGUCAGACUUUCACUGACAGACUCUAUCCUUAUUUUGACCCAGGCCAUAAUGAUAAAGGUAAAAACUCAAAGCCACUGAUCAUCACACCUAUCAACUGAAACAAACAAAAAUCAUUAUAAAGGAAUUAUUAUGUGAUAGACAAAAAUGUGUACAAGUGCAAAAAAACAAAACAAACAAACAAAACCCUGUGUAUUCAGGCCCUUUAAAAAAAAAAAAAAAAUCAGUCACUGACAAAACAUUAACUAUAAUCACGGUCAGAAUUAUUGGCAAUAAAUAUUGGUAAAUAUGAGCAAGGCAUCUGUGAAAAUAAAUCUGCAUUGUUAAUCCUUUUUAUCGUUUAUUUUUAAAAAAAUCACAAAAAUCUCACCUUUCG